ACAAGAUUCAAAUUGUUUGAAAGCCAACGAUUUUCUAAGCGUCUGUUUUGUGAUCCAUUUUCAUUUCGUUCCUACCGUUCUCUCAAUAUUAUUCGUGAUUUUCGACAGUAUGGCUGAGUUUAGUACACCACCGAAAAUGAGGAGGCUAAACAAAGCUAAAUUAAAUACGCCCAUAGAAAUACCAGCUUCACCUUUACUGGAAAAAAUAGGCUAUGGUACCGGAGUUGCAGUAUACAUGUUUGAAAGAUCGUCCAAAGUAGGCCGUGAACUCUCCCCAUGGGCAGUAAAGAAACGGCUGAAAGGAAAAAGCAACAAGAGAAAUGAUAAGAAUCUCAAAUUAGAAGCUGAUGUUCUACGACAAUUGAAUCAUCCCAACAUUAUUGGUUUUAGAGCAUUCACCAAAGGAGCAGAUGGAAAAUCUUGCUUGGCUAUGGAAGCUCUGGAUAUGUCACUUGGUGACAAAAUUGAGAAGAGACGAGAGACUUUUAAAAACAAACCAUUCCGAGCUAAGACCAUUUUGAAAGUCGCUUUUGAAAUUGCAAAAGGUCUCGAGUAUCUACAUCAUACUGCAUACAUAUUACAUGGAGAUAUAAAAAGCUGGAACAUUUUGGUGUCCAAUGAUUUCAACACAGUUAAACUGUGUGACUUUGGAAAUUCAUUACCCUUGACAAAAUCUUUUAAAAUAGACACAUCAAAAGGCAAUUUUUCUUAUGUUGGAACAACAUGUUGGAAUCCUCCUGAGAUUAUAUCAGAAAAUGGACCAGUGACAAAUGCUGCUGACAUUUGGACAUACGGUCUUGUCCUUUGGGAAAUGAUAGCUUUAUCGACACCUCACUGUGAAGAUUUUAAUGAAAAUGAAUCUUUUGAUAGCUGCACUACAUCUGAAGAUACGAGAAAUAAUCAGCUUGAUAAAUCUGAUGUUAGUAUAAACGAAAAUAAAUAUGGUACACGUCCAGCUCUACCUGCUAUUGACUUCAGUAAAGAUUAUAAAAACAUAUUGGAAAUAUUUUUUGCAUGUACCACUGUGGAUCACAAAUUGAGACCCUGCGCAAAAAUACUAGUAAACCACUAUAAAAAAUACCCAGAAUUAAAAAAAAAAUAA